AUGAGGCAUGCAGCACUGCGCAGGCCGAGUGUGGAAGAUUGGUACCAGGUACCCCUUAAGCAGCAGCCACAGCGACAGAGGGCGGUUACUGGCCCAAGUGUGCGAAUGCCGGUGGAGAUCGUGAAGCCGCCGCGAGCAGCUCUGCCGCGGAGGGCGAUGGCAAUGGAAUGA